UUACUAGGCCAGCGGAUUCAUCGUUGCGGCAGCAGUUGCUUUAUUUGCCCACUCUCAACUGUUCAAUCUUGCUUUCAUGUUUGUAGGAUGAGUUUUAUAAGAUCAAUUAUCUUGAUUGAAAAGAAAUGAGCUCGAAGGAAUACAGAGAACAUAGCUACGCCAGCACACCUACAAUAUCACCAACAGAAAUGACAAGUAGCCCAUGGUCAAGCAAUAUCUUGAAGCUCGUUCAACGACUGAACAACUUUCAUGCAGCAGGGUCAUCCAAGGUUCAUUGCAAGCCAUUUGUUGUAGAUGGUAUCACAGUGGGAACUAUACUACCUAAUGUUCUAACUCAAAUCAGAAAAUACCCAGAUAUCUUUGCUGUUAUCAAGACUACUGACAGUGAUGAACAUGUGACACUAGUUCCCAGUCUCUUGACAUUUGAGGAGAGAACACAGAAGGUCAAUGAGGUCGUACAGGAGUUUAGAAAAAAGGACUUGUUUGUCACUCUAAGAGGGUGGAGAGAUGAGAUGUAUGCUGUAGGGAGAUCAUUCAGUGACAGACCUUUCUUCAUGAUGGAGCGUUCCGCCGCAUGUCUGCUUGGAAUAACUCAGUAUGGUGUACAUCUAAAUGGUUACCAUAGAGAUGUCAACGGCAUGCUUUUUAUGUGGGUGGCCAGGAGAAGUCUUUCCAAACCAACAUAUCCUGGAAAAUUAGACCAACUGGUGGCUGGAGGUAUCCCCUGUGGUUCAAACACAAGAGAAACAUUGAUCAAGGAGUGUGCAGAAGAGGCAUUGAUAGCUGAAAGCCUUGCAGCAAACGCCAAGCCUGUGGGGACGGUCAGCUAUGUGUUUGAAGAUGAACGUGGGGUCUUUCCCGAGGUUCAGUUUGUUUAUGACCUGGAGCUACCUGAGAGUUUUACUCCAAAAGCAAGUGAUGGUGAAGUGAGUGACUUCUACUACUGGCCUAUCAGCAAGGUAAAGGAGAUGAUUGCCACAAAUGAGUACAAGUUCAACAGUGCCUUAGUAGUACUUGAUUUCCUGAUACGGCAUGGUGAAGUCUCCCCAGACACCGAACCAAAUUACAUGGAUUUUGUUCUCGGUUGUCAUCGUCAAGCUAAUUGGCGGUUCUAGACACUGAACUGUUUGUUAACAUAGAUUGCCUGAGUACCUGACUAUCAUACUUGGAUCAGGCGCACGAAAGCUCUUACGGCUUGUCACCAAGUCAUUCUAACCAAAGCCUUAUAAAAGCCCUGUGCAAAUAACGCCAACAUCGCACAGUAAUAUGGGAAAGGUUGGUGACCAACCUAAUAGCAUCGUCCAGCGUGUGUAGCAAUAAGUCGCUAGUGUUUCUGGGGACAGCACCUGCUGUGUUUUUCGGAAUCAAUGCUAGUAAUGUACAGUGGACCCAGGCGAAUAUGAGGGCUGGACGCAUGCGCAUGUGAGGGAUAGACGCAGGCGAAUGUGAGGGCUGGACGCAGGCGCAUGUGAGGAAUAGACCCUGGUGCAUGUGAGGGAUGGACGCAGGCGAAUGUGAGUGCUGGACGCAGGUGGAUGUGAGGGCUGGACGCAGGUGAGUGAGGGAUGGAUGCAGGCAAAUGUGAGGGAUGGACGCAGGCGAAUGUGAGGGCUGGACGCCGGCGCAUGUGAGGAAUAGACCCUGGUGCAUGUGAGGGCUGGACGCAGGUGAAUGUGAGGGCUGGACGCAGGUGGAUGUGAGGGCUGGGCGCAGGUGAGUGAGGGAUGGACGCAGGCAAAUGUGAGGGAUGGACGCAGGCGAAUGUGAGGGCUGGACGCCGGCGAAUGUGAGGGCUGGACGCCGGCGAAUGUCAAAGCUGGACGCAGGCGAAUGCGAGGGAUGGACGCAGGCGCAUGUGAGGGAUGGACGCAGGCGAAUGUCAAAGCUGGACGCAGGCGAAUGUGAGGGAUGGACCCUGGUUCAUGAAAGGGAUGGACUUCACACUAGGCAUGAGCUCGCACUGAGCCCUGUGAUGACGAAAUCUCUUUGGAGCCCUAUUAACGACGGUGACGUAAUUCAGAAAAUUUCACGAAUGAGAGAAGUCCUACACUCUCUACGUGCGGAGUAUACAAUACUGAGUGAUAGUGAUGACACUGGAACGCGGGCCAACUUUAGGCCAGACUGGUAAAGAUUUCGCUCUUGGAUUCUUGAAUGGAAUUACGCAUAAUUUAUACCUUUACAGAAUAAUGACGUUGUGCAACAGUAACUAUUCCGAAUGGGAAUUCCCACUGAAGGAAAACGUCGAUGAAAAAAAAAAUCCUAAACGUUAUCUUAAUUUAAAUGUAGUUAUGAAAGUUAAUAUUAACUAUGAUUCAAUGUUGAACACGAUCAACGUGAUCGAAAAAUCUGUCUCCACGCUUGACGCUCAUUUCUGGACUAGUUUCGUCGCCAAAGGGAUAAAGUGCUUCGUCAGCCCUAGUUGCUCGGAAAUGCAAAAAAAAAGACAAUUCGCUUUAGUACUGCUAAGCCUAGGAAACGUUAUAUCUCUUAGCAUAAGCGGGUGUUAGGUUUACAGCACGGCUUAAUUCUCCAAGACUGAACGCAUUCUUACGAGACCCGUUUGACUAUCUGAGUUGAUUCUAUUUUUGCUGUCACCGUUAUUACCGCUACGUAAGUUUCUUAAAGGCAAAGCAAAAAUUCAAAUCAUCAUUGAAGUUACACAGUGCGUGCAUUAAUCCUUAUUUUUGUAUAGGUUUUGGCGUACGGACAACACAGAAAUUUUUGAGGGCAGAUUUCGUUUCGUUUGGUUUUGUUUCGCCGGAACGAAUAGGAUAUUAUUUUCAUUUAGGCGAGUUUUAACUUUAACAAUUAAUUAUUAACAAAUAACGAAUCUUAGUUCUACUUCACCUGUCUGCUAAGAUGUAUGCAAAUGACAUCAAAUUAUUCAAAUUCUCGUAGACAAAAAAAGCUGCCUAGCCAUUCGUUGCAAAUCGCACAUAGCGCGUAAGUGCUUGUUUUGUAUUUUUGAGAGGGUUACGGUUCGCUUUUAUCAGGAAUUAUAGUAGAAGCUACUUUGAGUAUGCUUUGAAGGACCUGGAUGCCCUAGUGAGCGGUCAUCUCAUGCCUGCGUAUCCGAAUAAAUUAUUUGUUUGCCACUUUAGACCUGGUGGUCGUGCGAAUCAAUUGUGGACUCCGUAGAAAAGAGACAUCAAGCCGUGUUGGCAAAAGCAGCUGUCGCUUCCGACUCUUAGAAUUUACCUCCUUGGAGAUCAGAGUUGGUGAUGGGUGAUCGGUUGUGCAACACAAUCAAGGAAACUGCGGAGGGUAGUGUGUUUUCGCACGGUCACACUGCGUUGAGAUUCUUCGUACACAGGGGAAGGUUACGACUUCACCAUCCAAAGAUGUCAAAUGAUAUUGAUAACGGAGUUGCACUAAACGGAGUAGAACUCAUCGGGUACAGUGAUCGGAAUGGGAGAAAAUCAAGUUUAAAAGAUGUUAUCUUUCCUAAUGAGAGGCAGGAACAA